CCCGCCCCGGCCUCCGCCGGCCGCCGCCAUCCGCCGCCCAGGCUGUGAAUGAAAGGCCGGCGCCGCCGGGGGCUGGCUGCAGGCGACGCGGCCUCCCGGCAGGCGCUCGCUCCUCCAAGAUGUACGGAGUGUGCGGCUGCUGCGGUGCCCUGCGCCCCAGGUACAAGAGGCUGGUGGACAACAUCUUCCCCGAGGAUCCCGAGGAUGGCCUGGUGAAGACCAACAUGGAGAAGCUGACCUUCUACGCCCUCUCAGCUCCAGAAAAGCUCGACCGCAUUGGCGCCUACCUCUCCGAGAGGCUCAUCCGCGACGUGGGUCGCCAUCGAUAUGGGUACGUGUGCAUCGCCAUGGAGGCGCUGGACCAGCUGCUCAUGGCCUGUCACUGCCAGAGCAUCAACCUCUUCGUGGAGAGUUUCCUCAAGAUGGUGGCCAAGCUCCUCGAAUCAGAGAAGCCCAACCUCCAGAUCCUCGGCACCAACUCGUUUGUGAAAUUCGCCAACAUCGAGGAGGACACCCCGUCCUACCAUCGGAGCUACGAUUUCUUUGUGUCUCGCUUCAGUGAAAUGUGCCACUCCAGCCACGAGGACUUGGAGAUCAAGACUAAAAUCCGAAUGUCCGGCAUCAAAGGUCUGCAAGGGGUGGUGAGGAAGACGGUGAAUGACGAGCUGCAGGCCAAUAUCUGGGACCCACAGCACAUGGACAAGAUCGUCCCCUCGCUCCUUUUCAACCUGCAGCACGUGGAGGAGGCAGAGAGCCGGUCCCCCUCCCCGCUCCAAGCGCCAGAGAAGGAGAAGGAGAACCCAGCAGAGCUGGCUGAGAGGUGCCUUCGGGAACUGCUGGGCCGGGCUGCCUUCGGCAACAUCAAAAACGCCAUCAAGCCUGUUCUCAUCCACCUGGAUAACCAUUCUCUUUGGGAACCCAAGGUGUUCGCCAUCCGUUGCUUUAAAAUCAUCAUGUACUCAAUUCAGCCGCAGCACUCCCACCUGGUUAUCCAGCAGCUCCUGAGCCACCUGGAUGCCAACAGCCGCAGCGCGGCCACGGUGCGGGCGGGCAUCGUGGAAGUCCUGUCGGAAGCUGCUGUCAUCGCUGCCACCGGCUCUGUGGGACCCACGGUGCUGGAGAUGUUCAACACUCUGCUGAGGCAGCUUCGGCUCAGCAUCGACUACGCCCUGACCGGGAGCUACGACGGGGCCAUCAGCCUCGGCACCAAGAUCAUCAAGGAGCACGAAGAGCGCAUGUUCCAGGAGGCGGUCAUCAAGACGAUAGGCUCCUUCGCCAGCACGUUGCCCACCUACCAGCGCUCGGAGGUGAUUCUCUUCAUCAUGAGCAAGGUUCCCCUGCCUUCCCUGCACCACCCCAUGGAGACGGGGAGGACCGGGGAGAACAGGAACCGGCUGACCCAGAUUAUGCUGCUGAAAUCGCUCCUUCAGGUGUCCACCGGUUUCCAGUGCAACAACAUGAUGUCAGCUCUGCCCAGCAACUUCCUGGACCGCCUUCUCUCCACCGUCCUCAUGGAGGAUGCAGAGAUCCGACUCUUCGUUCUAGAGAUUCUCAUCAGUUUCAUUGACCGUCACGGCAACCGGCACAAGUUCUCUACCAUCAGCACCCUCAGUGACAUCUCUGUCCUGAAGCUGAAAGUGGACAAGUGCUCCCGACAGGACACCAUCUUCAUGAAGAAGCACUCCCAGCAGCUCUACAGACACAUCUACCUGAGCUGUAAGGAGGAGACGAACAUCCAGAAGCACUACGAGGCACUCUACGGCUUGCUGGCGCUCAUCAGCAUCGAGCUGGCCAAUGAGGAGGUGGUGGUGGACCUGAUCCGCCUGGUGCUGGCUGUUCAGGACGUGGCCCAGGUCAAUGAAGAGAAUUUGCCUGUUUACAACCGCUGUGCCCUCUACGCGCUGGGCGCCGCCUACCUGAACCUCAUCAGCCAACUCACAACGGUGCCUGCUUUCUGCCAGCACAUCCACGAGGUGAUUGAGACCAGGAAGAAAGAGGCUCCCUACAUGCUGCCCGAGGACGUGUUUGUGGAGAGGCCCAGGCUGUCUCAGAACCUUGACGGAGUGGUGAUCGAGCUUCUCUUCCGCCAGAGCAAGAUCAGUGAGGUCCUGGGGGGCAGUGGAUACAACGCAGACCGGCUCUGCCUGCCCUACAUCCCUCAGCUGACAGAUGAGGAUCGCUUAUCCAAGAGGAAGAGCAUUGGAGAGACCAUUUCUCUGCAAGUGGAGGUGGAAUCUAGGAACAGCCCAGAGAAGGAGGAGCGAGUGCCAGCCGAGGAGAUCACCUAUGAGACGCUAAAGAAGGCCAUUGUGGACAGCGUGGCCGUCGAGGAGCAGGAGCGUGAACGGCGCCGACAGGUGGUAGAGAAGUUCCAGAAGGCACCCUUCGAGGAGAUCGCAGCGCACUGCGGGGCCCGGGCGUCACUGCUGCAGAGCAAACUCAAUCAGAUCUUUGAAAUCACCAUCCGACCCCCGCCCAGCCCAUCGGGAACCAUCACCGCCGCCUAUGGCCAGCCUCAGAACCACUCCAUCCCUGUCUACGAGAUGAAGUUCCCCGAUCUGUGCGUCUACUGAGUUCCAAGACACGCUGCUGGAGGGGUGGGGCCCGAGGGGGGGGCACGACAUGGAAAUCUCAUGGCAACCCCAGAGGAAAAGGACCUUGGAUGGCAGCUCCUCUCCGCAGACAAGCAAGGUGGAGCCCCGCGCCCCUCGGGCCCCUCAGCUUCCCCCUUUCCUCCUUGUCUCCCUCCCCCCGUCCCCUCCCCACCCCCAGGGAGAUCAGGCCACGAGCCCCUCUGGGGCCAAUAGGCAUCUCACCUGUGCCCUCCAUCUCCUCCUUUGUGUCCGCCUGGGGCUGGGAGUCCUGGGGUGGGGGGGGUCUCCAGAGAGAGGCUAAGUUCCUGCUUAGUGUAGGGAGGGCAGGGCUUUCUUGGGGAAGCACAGCUGCCAUUCCCCAAGGGGGACUAGACAGGGGCGCAGUUGGUCAAGGGAGGCCUCAGACGGAGAUCAGGAGGAAGUGAGACCAGCUCCACUCGUAAAGCAGCAGAGAGCUGGAAGCAGGGCGCUGCUCCUCAGAGCAUCCCCUCCCUCCCUCCCCAUUUGAGGGUCCAGAUGCCCUCAAGUCUCUGGGGUCUCUUCCACGGCCCUGCUCAGCCUGCCAGUUGCCUCUUCCUGAUUCUUUCUAUUGUCGGUUAGUAUUGAGCUCCUAGAACAGGAGCCAG